UCGAAUGUUUUUACGGUAUUCCCUUACCUGUAUGAACAAAAAAUACGUACCAUAUAAAAAAGUAAAAAUUUACUUAGAAUUUGAACGACUUAAUAUAAUGCAAUAUUCAGCGGAAACGCCUUUUGUAAAAUCGAUGAAUAGAAUAACUGGUAAACGUCUGGCAAGACUUUAGAAGUAAACGAACAGCACUUGCGAAAUCAUUGCAAUUUCACCUCAGUUGGAGAUUAUCAAGCAAAUAGACAUGACGAAAAAUAAUAUUUUACACAGUGUUGGAGCACUAAUAUUUCUAAUUUCUAUAUUUAAUUCGGGUACAGCUAGUAAAUUUGAUAAAACUGAGCUGUACAGGGUGUCUCCGGAGUUAAGUUCGCAUAAUGACGCGUAUAUUGCUUUGGUGAAAUUGCGAGAAAAACGCGACACGCCGACAAUUUAUGCUAAAGAUCAGUAUGAAAGUGUGCCACAGAUGGUCGGUGAUGUCAAAAAGCCGAUGGAAACCGCCGCAACAUCCAAUAUAUCAUCUAUUGUGGUACCAUAUAAAGCAGCUGACAUACCCCUAUUAGGCGUAAAUGGUACUGGUCAACGGAGGGAUGGAGGCUUACAGUUAUCACAGCCAAAGACUACGAUUGUUUCCGCUCCCAUCCAGUCGUCGGUAGGUGCUGUGGCUGGCUCGCCAACGGAAGCUAAAAAUUCCACAUUCUUGCAGGAACCUAAAAGCAUUGAUCAGUCGACUGAAACGCCAGAAGAAAAACUUAUAGAUAACAUAGAUGUGCCUGAUAACGAAACUAUCAGUGAAAUCGAAAAAACUAAUUAUACAGUCAAUGCUACCAAUGAUCAUCACAUCUACUAUAACAGCUCCAUUUAUGUCGACCAGGCAGAAGCAGAUCGAGUGUGGGAAACUUUCAAGAACUCUACAUUUAAUUCCGUGCUCUCGCAAUCCCAUCGUCGUGCCGUGACUGUCGAAUUGAGCUUCGACUUCCCCUUCUAUGGUCAUCCCGUCCGAAAUGUUACGGUAGCUACAGGCGGCUUCCUCUACACUGGUGAUUAUGUGCAUUCUUGGCUAGCGGCAACGCAGUAUAUUGCACCGUUAAUGGCUAACUUUGACACAAGUUUAUCAAAUGAAUCAUUUGUACGCACUAGAGAUAACGGCACUGCCUUCACUGUUAUUUGGGAGAAAGUUUCGCUGCAAGACAAAAAAGACGUAGGAAAGUUCACCUUUAGCGCAACCCUCCAUAACAAUGGCAAUAUUGUUUUCAUUUACUACUACGUUCCAAUUGAUAUUAAUGCCAUUCAAGAUGAUAACCAUCCCGUUAAAGUGGGUCUUUCUGACGCUUAUAUAUUUGACAAGACCGUUGUCUAUACACGCAGGAAAACCAUUUACGAAUACCAUCGCAUAAAUUUGUCUAAUAACGGCAUAUCGAAUGCAACUAUCAUUUACUUACAAGCUCUACCGACUUGUCUUGAUUAUAAGGACUGCGGAGCUUGCAUAAAUCACAAGACUUCAUUUGAUUGCGCAUGGUGUCCAACGUUAAAUAGGUGUUCAAACGGAACAGAUCGUAAGAGGCAAGAGUGGCAACAUAAGGGAUGUGAUCGUACACAAAUCGUUGAUACAUCUGCGUGCCCUGCCCUUGGUCAGAAAGGUAACAAUGCAACUGGCAGCAGCAACAAUAAUGCCAGUGCGAACACUACUCCAACAAAAGUGCCCACUGAAAGUGUUAACAACAACAACCAACAUGAAAGUAGCACACAUGCAAGUGACACGAAUAGCGCAACGGUUACUCCAGUGCAUGAUGGGAACCAUUCGGCGAAAGUAACGAAUGAAGCCUUGGAAGCACACGCCGAGUCGAAAAGUAUGGGGUUGGCUCUCGGUUUCUUAGUGCCCAUCUGCCUAGUGCUAACUGUAAUGCUAUGGGUGUUUUAUGCGUACAGAAACCCACACACUAAAAGCGGUCAACUCCUUAUUCAGUACCGCCCGAGUCAAUGGUCAUGGAGGCGUGGUGAGGCGCGUUACACAGCGGCAACGAUUCAUAUGUAAUGUAUUUAUAAAUUUCGCACCCUAUUCCCAGCGUCUUAGAAAGCUUCAAAAGCAUCUUUAAAUUCUACUGCAUGUUUUGAGCAAUUUAUAGAUUUCGUUAAUUAAGUUUAAUCUUUAUCUUUCUCCUCUUAUUAAUAACAUUAUGAAAAUGCAAAUCUAUUGGUACUAUAUAUUAUAGGUAUUCAGCAGAAAAUAUCGUUUAUUUGUGUUUUAUUGUACCGUAAUAAACAUAUUAAUAUUACUAAAUCAGUUUCAACUAAAAAGCGAAAACAGUUUAAAGAUAACUAAAAUGUGAAACACAGAAAAAUAUAAUUGAAAAGACAACUUCUGCUUACAAGUGUGACAAGAUGUGAGGUAAACUACAACUAAGAUGAUGUUGCAGUGGAUAUAUUCAUAUACAUAUAUAUAUAUGGGGUCCAUUUCAUUAUAUAAUAUAUAUGUGAGUGUUGUUUUUCAAUUCUAAAAUCAAUUAUACUAUAGGGAAAUGCUUUUAGUACUGUCUGUUUUAAUAAAAAAUAUAUAUACCAAUAAAUUUUACAAAGCGAUCCUGCGCUAAGUUGUAUAAAUAAACUUAUUUUAAUUCUUGUACGUAGAUUUGUAAUGUUUGUUUAAAUAUUUUUAACUUUACUUUAAAACACUUUUUUUUUAUACAUUUUUUUACAGUGUUGUGAAUAUAUUUUAAUAAAAUUAUCAACUCUUUAAUAUUUUUUAUUUUACAUUGGUUAUGCACAGUUUCUAAUAUAAACCACAUAUGCCCAUAUUUUAAACAUAAUUCUUAAAACCAUUACUGUAUAAGGGGAAGAAAGCGAUAAAUAAACAGUGAUAACAACUUAAGGCCAAGCUUUCAGUGCAAUUAUAACAAAGUGUGUGUACAGUCAUAUAUUUUCAUAAAUAUAUUUUCUAUAAUGAUAUUGUGAAAUUUGAAAGAGUGUUUAAAAGAGUUCUUCAGCCAAUGGCGAAAUGAGACUAAGUAUCUGUUUUUCGCAAUGAAUAGGAGGCAGAUUUUUGUAGGCAUCGCUUAGUGAAGACGAGUUAUUUUUAAUUUCCCAAUAUUCUUAAUAUUAUACUAAUGCAAUGAAAAUGAAUUAUGAAAAUUAGAAAAAUGUCGUUAGUUGCCGAAUACUUAUGUGUAUCUAAAAACAGUCAUAUCAAUAACAUUUUGCCUCCAAAUGGUUAACUAUUGCAUUUGUAAAUGUGUGUGGUUUUGUGUCUAAAAGUAGAAAAUAUUGUAGCGUAACGGUUAAAAUGUAAACACACUUGGUAUCGGUUUUUAUUUCCAUGAAAGAAAAAAGAUCUAAAAUCAUUUUGAUCAAAUAAUAGCUCGUACAAGUGGUUUCUAUACACAUUAUUGUGCAACAAUGCCACCAUUAAUGCACCCACAGAGUAAAAAAUUAAACUUAAAUUCUAAUAUAUUCGCGAUAUAACUACGAAAUUAAAAGCAAUUCGUCACUUAGUGUUAUUAAACACUAUUUUGAAAAACAACCAAUGUAUAGUAUAUAAAACACCACACACGCCUUAUGUACGAGUAUAUUUGUAUGUUAUAGCUUUUAUGGAAUAUAUGGUAUAUGUAUCAGCUUAAAACACCAACAAUUGAGAAUCACUUUUUGUAUGAAAAAUUUAGCAGAGAACAACUUGUAAUCUAUACUAUAUACAUAAAUAGUUAAAGCAAGUAUUAGAAAGUAAAUCAUGUGUAAAUUUUAAAUGACUAUUGAAAUUUGUAAACCUACACAUACAUAUUAUAAGUUAAUAAUGGUUGCAAAUAUAUUAAAUUAAUGAGCGUAAAUAAAGAUAAAAUGAUUAGAUAUGGA